AUGGCUACAGGCCCUGUCUGCCUCGAGUUAUACAAGGUUCUAGAUGGAGCACAUAAAGUGGAGGACUAUCGAAAUACAUUCACAAAUUUAGCACUGCCUUUGUUCUCUAUGGCUGAGCCAGUCCCACCCAAGGUCCUGAAACACCGUGACAUGAAGUGGACUGUAUGGGACAGGUGGGUCUUGAGAGAUAACCCCACACUGAAACAAGUCAUCAAAUGGCUCAAAGGCAAUGGUUUAAAUGCUUACAGCAUAUCCUAUGGAAAUUGCCUGCUCUUCAACAGCUUGUUCCCAAGGCACCGGGAAUGA